AUGAAAAAACGGAAAUUGCGGAGGAACUUUGAAUUCUUUUGUUUAAUGAACAGUCAAUUAAUUAGCAUAAACUAUCUGGUCACCAUAAUUAAUCACCUUGGUCCUAGCCUUUUCACUCGCUCAGACUAUUUACUUACACAAACAUUCACAUCAAAAAAGCCACGAACAUCACAUCCACCCACUAAUGUUCUUCAACUUGAACUAUUGAAUGAACAACAAACAAGUCGACAAUUGAUUUAUGAAAUUUAG